AUGGAAGAGGCGCUGAGUCCGCAGGUUGGUCCACAAUUUGACCAGACGACCGCGAGCUUCGUCGAAUGGUUCACGUCGGCUGAUGGAACUCGGCUUAGUUCGAAGAUUGAACUGAAGGAUCUGCGAGAGGAGAAUGCUGGAAGAGGACUUGUUGCCAUAAACGCCAUCGCCGAGGAUGAAGAACCAUUCGCCGUCCCUCGACCUCUUGUCCUAAUGAGCACGACGUCGAGCAUUCCCCCUACUAUAUUGGCACCAUUGGCAGACACUGGAACAUGGCCACCGCUCAUAGUAACCAUUAUCUACGAGUAUCUGCGCAGACAAGAGUCCCCGUGGCACCCUUAUUUUCGAGUCCUGCCGACCGCCUUUGACACGCUUAUGUUCUGGAACGAUGCAGAACUUGCAGAGUUACAGGCCAGUGCCGUAGUUGACAAGAUUGGAAAAGCACAAGCAGAAGCGACAUGGAAAGAGACGAUUAUUCCGGUGAUGCUCGCACAUCCUGAGCUGUUCCCAGUUUUUGUUGUAUCAGACACUGAGCGUACGGCGGAAUUGAUCAUGCUUGCGCACAUGCCUGGCAGUCUGAUCAUGGCAUAUGCUUUUGAUAUUGACAGAGAUGACGAACAAGAUGGACCUCGAAAUGCUGGUUCGGACGACGAAUUUGAAGAAGAUGACGAGGAAGAGCCCCUCCAAGGCAUGGUGCCAUUUGCUGAUAUGCUCAAUGCGGAUGCCGACAAGGGCAAUGCUCGACUCUUUCAGGAAGAUGACUAUUUGAUCAUGAAAUCCACCAAAACAACAGCCGCAGGGGAACAGAUAUUCAAUGACUACGGCCCUCUACCACGAUCGGACCUCCUUCGUAUGUACGGAUACGUCACGGACAACUAUGCAAAGUACGAUGUUGGUGGAAUUAUCGCAUGA